AUGUCUUUAGCUCAACGCAAAUCGCACGCCUUGACUGCACUCUUGAUUGAAGUGAGCAGCCAGCUUGACGAUGAGAGCAAGAAGAGAGUUGAGGAUACCUUGGCAUCUUUCGAAGACGACACGCCGCCGCCUCCACCAACACCUGCUCUCUCUCAUGGCAAGCGCGCAAGAAGAGCUUCGUCGCCUUCCCCCAAUGACGAUGCUUUGAGCGCCACCUCUGUAGAUGGCGGAGAAGCUCACGUCUCAGCUUCAGUCGGCUCCAACGAAGAUCUAGACUUCGUCCAAGAGGACAUUCUCAAUACGGAUGAGGCAGACAACACGGGCUACAUGGGUCACAAUUCGCACGUUCAGUGGCUCAGAGCCCUGGAAACCAAGAUCGAACAGCCCGAGGGCGAACCUGCCAACAUGCCUUACGGGCCACCGGGCGUCGACGGCGACGCCUUUAACCAGCGUGCUGAAGCGCUUCACGGGCGUCAGCAACAGAGCCAUACUCGCCCUUCUCCGCACCAUGACAAGUUUUCUGGCUACUACUUUUACCUUGACAAGUCCAACAUCGACGUCGAUGUUGGUGAUCCACACGUCAUACCCUCUGCUGAGUCGGCCGAGAGGCUGUUCGACUACUACAAAGCAUUCGUUCACAGCCCAUUUCCUAUUCUAGGUGACAUGUUCGAAGCUCAGCUGAAAUCCUACUUUGCCAAGGAUCAGGGCAGUCCUACGCUGGUCGUCUGUCCAAAGUGGAAAGCUGUCAUGAACCUCGUAUUCGCUAUUGGCGCACGCUAUUCUCAUCUCACCGGCGCUGAAUGGCGAGCCGACGACCGUGAUCACCUAGUGUACAUGUGGAGAGCAGUCCAUCUUUUGCAGCUUCAAAGCAUUGAUACUCUAGUUGCGCAGCCAGACCAAGCGCUAAUUCAGGUCAUGUCAGCAGGCGCGAAGGGUACGGAACUGGAUUCGUCGUCUCGUGAAACCACCACAUCAGCUGUAACGAGACAGGCAUCUGAGUCUUCUGCCGGCGAGUCUAUGAUCAAAACCAGCGUAGAUCCGUUUGACGUAGCCUACGUUAGGAUCGAUAUCCUCAUGGACAAGAUCCUAUCUGGCUUGUAUUCCGCACAAAAGUCUGCCAAGUCCUGGAAGGCUGCCCAAAAAGAGAUUGCUUCCUUGUCUGACGAAUUAGAAGCCUGGGCCUUGCACUCCUUGGUUCGGGGUCCAGCAACAGCGACCGCUGCUACUUCAGAGAGCAACCUGAGCCGAGAGCAGGUGCUGCUCUACAUCUACUAUCACAACGCCAAAAUUUGCAUUACACGGCCCUGCCUAUGCCGGCUAGACUUACGCAUCAAGGGCCAGAGCGAACAGUCGACUCGAUUCAACCAGAAGUCUGCUGAGGCCUGCAUAGUCAUGCAAGCCCUUACAGUCUUGCUUCUUGAGUUGUCAUUGGACGGCAUACACUUGACGGUCGAAAAGUCGCACGUUAAAACCUGCGUUGAUAAGCUCAUACGAUGGUUGAAUUCGAUGAAACCCGUCGACGCAGUUAGCGAGAACGCAUACAAUGUUGUCGCCAGAGUCAUGAAUAAGCAGACCAAAGAAGAAGCGGCCCGUCGGCAACUACCUCAGCUACAAGCGACGGAUCAGCACCAAAAGCAACAGGAUGUAGAAAAUAUGGCCUUUGACUCACAGCAGCCAUAUCAGCCGUACAGUCAACCUCUCACGUUGCAACAGUCAGAUGUUGCAUGGCCAAGUGCUAACCCAUCCAAUAGCAACAUCUAUUCGCAGUCCAAUACAGGCAACUUCUAUCUCUACGACGCUUCCGGGGGUGAUUAUCUGAACGAUCCCACUGCAGGGCUGACGGACUUUGGUCAGCCACUGAGUCUGUUCUAUGGGAACCCCUACGAGUCGACUUUCGAUCAGUGGGAAUGGGACCCGGCGGCUUUUCUGGAUCCAGAUCAACCGCCAGGUCAGGGUCAGGAUCAAAGCGGGUACCCAGGGGGUCAAGGUUAUCAAGGCUACGAAGGGUAUGAUCCUGGUGGUGGCUAG